AACCAUUCGAACCAUCGAUCAACUUCCAUUAUUGACAAAUUUUGUUGAUUUUCAGAUCCAGAAGUACCAAAAAAUGCGCGUCUUCAUAACCGAGCACGUCCUGAUGCUAUCCAGAUAGAGAACUUAAGGAACAAAUAGUCCGUUGUUCAUAUCGGCUAGCUUUUGAGGCUUGAAUGGAUGGGUAUUCAUUUGUGAUUUAUUCGAAACUGGCGGGUUCGUUGGAUUGUUAUUGCGAUUGCAAGAGCUUUUAUGUUACUUUCUCAGUAUUCAAUAUAUUACUAUAAUUCAUAUGUAGGACAGAAAUAACUUAUGUUAAGAUGUAAUGAUGAGACCUUUUGAUAGUGGAUUCUCACCUCAAUCACCAAAUAAGAAUGAAAUACAAGCACAACAUACUUCUGUGCGCGAGGUGGAAAAUAACAAUCCUACUACUGUGAAAUGCAUCCUUAUAGGCGAUAAACAAGUUGGAAAAACUAGUUUGGUCGUUAGUUACACUUCCAAUGAUUAUCCAGCGGAAUACAGGCCAUCUGCCUUAGAUACAUUUUGUGUUGAAGUGUGUGCUGAUACACGACCAGUACAUCUACAAAUCUGUGACACAGGAGGAAAAGAAGAAGUUAGUUCUUUGAGACAUUUGUCAUAUUUGGAUGCACAUGUUAUCUUACUAUGUUUCUCUGUCGUCCGGCCAGAUACUUUUAGAUCCUUGAAAACUGUUUGGUUGAAAGAACUAGCGUCUGCUCCCAUUAUUCUUAACAGUGCUGCUGAACAAACUGCUUCAAAACUAUUCGGUUUAUCCACUACACGAAGAAAUAUUGAUAAUCUUUCAGCUUCAGCACCCACUAAAUCAAAAUCUGUGCACACUAAUCGCGGAUUAAAAAGUGUAAAUGAAGCUAACUUAAUACCGGGUCCUAUAUUUCUUCUUAUUGGUUGUGCAUGUGAUCUACGUAAUGAUAUUGGACGUUUAUUAGAACUGUCUAAAGUUGGUGAAGAGCCUAUAGAUAAGGAAAAGGCCGAAUGUUUGGCUAUUGAAUUAGGCGCUGAAGCUUACGUAGAAUGUUCCGCGUUAACUCAGAAAAAUCUUAAGACUGUUUUUGAUCUAGCUAUUUGGUGUGGUCUUAAAGUAGCUGAUUCAGGUGGUCCAGUAUUAUUGCGUGAACCAAAGUCAAAUGGAUCACUAUUAUAUAAUGGGGACUGCACGCAAGCUUCUAAUAAUGAUAAUAGUAUUAGCAAUAACCAUAUGAUGACCGAUAGUCAUACAUUUCAUAUUGUAACAGAGAAUAAUAAGUGUAAAACUCUUAAAAAGGGUUGGCGCCGUUUCUUUUGUAUCAAUUCUUAAGUUAUUUUGUAAUUUAGUAUUUCUUUUUCAUUUUGUUGCUGAUGAUAAUGCUUCCUUUUUGAAAAUGUAAAUUGUUCAAUUUAUUAUCUAGUCAUUUAUGUUUAUUUUAUAGUACUUUAUGUAGUAACUAAUGAUUUUUUGUUUCAUGUCUAACUAUAAUUACUGGUAGAUGAUAUGGUUGUGUAUUCAUAUCAACUUUACAACUCUAUUGCCAUGUUUUAUGCACUGAACAACUUGAAACUUAGUUGACUUUGUCUAGUCUUUUCUUAAUACUUAUUUCUUUCAAUCUUCUUUUUUAUUAUCCGGUGAUUAUGAACUCAUUUCUACCCAUUUCCUACCUGCUGAACCCAUCAUUUACUUAGAAUUCCUCUUUAUAUAUAUACAAAUCCUUGCAUAACUUAUGUCGUGAUUUUAUCACAUUUGUGUACAUUAUUUUAUUUAAAACUAUUAAUUAAUGUGCCAUACAUGAAAUGUAUGCCAGAUAUACGUAUAUAAAUUAAACCAAAGCUGUAAUAUCUACUCUGAAUUGUUUUUACACCAUUUUUUGCCUAUAUAUUUAUUUAUAUGUAUAACAUUGUACAUCCAGUCGUUGCUUUCUUUUCUCCCAAAACUAUUUUCCCUUUGUUUGUUGUCCACUUCGUAUGUAUAUGUAUGCAUAUAAUUCGUAAUAUCUGCCUUUAUUACUAAUUAAUAUAAAGAUUUUCGAAGCAUGGAGAUACUUUUUUAUUCAUUCUGUGCUCAAUUUUUCACAACAGUCAACAAAAAGUCGUAAACGUAUGGUUGUGGGCUGACUGGUAUUCUCCGGUAGAAAAACCCACUGUCUCUGAACUGUACACAAUACUCACUUAGUUCACAACUGAUGUAUUCAACCAGUGACCACUUUCCUCUAAAGUCAGUUAGUGUGCACCAGUACGGUCAUUCAACAAGGAUUAAAGUUAUUUUUCAAUUCAAAGCAAUGUAUCGUCCUUUUAUUUACAAAUAGUUUGAUAAGACUCCUUGGACAGUUUUAUUUAUGCAUGCGUAUUUAUCCAGAUUUAUACUUGCUAUUACAAAUACAUAAUUUAUAAAACACCAUACAAAUGUUUAUCAUAAUUUGAAAUUGGUUUCUUUCAGAGUUCAAUCCGCUUACAUUCACAGUCG